CACAACUCCAACAUUGUAUUCAUAUUGCGUGAGAUAUCUGGACACACCAUGACACUGUUGAAGUUAUUGUGUUGGGUGUAUCUCAUAACUUUUUUCUAAAGGCGACAAUUGCAGUGACAACCAGCAUUGUACAGAAUGUGACAGAAAAAAAUGGACGUUGUCUCACAAGGUGUGACACUGGGUAUUUCGGUUUGAUGUGCACGUCAUUGUGCAGCAAGACCUGCAGAAACCACUCAUGUCGGUUGUCAGUCUCUGGUAUAGGUGAUUGUACUGAUGGUUGUGUCCCAGGAUAUGAAGGCCCUCGGUGUAACAUACCCUGUGUCAGUCCACGAGGUAGCUGUACAGCAUGUCCAGGUGGUUGUGAUGGAGGAUAUUGUCAGCUGGGCUCAUUCUGUGUGUCUGGAUGUGUAGACUCCUACUACGGGACUGGCUGUAGGUCGUGUUCCAGUCGAUGUAAGUCCUGCAACAGGAUGACAGGAUCGUGCAGACAGUGCCACCCUGGAUACUUUGGUCCAAACUGUCGGUAUUCCUGUGAUCACUGCCUGGGGUCCUGUGAACAUGGAUGCACAUGGGGUUGUCUUGCUGGAUUUUAUGGCACGUUCUGUGACGAGACUUGCAGUGACAAGUGUGGACCAGACCCCAACAUCUCUACUGACAAACCUUUACUGGCGCCAAACACUGGAGUACGUGACUGUCACAGAGACAGUGGGGACUGUAUCCACGGGUGUGACGAGGGAUGGCAUGGCCCACAGUGCUCUUCUCCGUGUAGUUCUAACUGUAGAAACUCCAAGUGUCAGUCAGACACCGGGUGGUGUACAGAUGGGUGUGCGCGUGGCUUCUAUGGAGGACGCUGUCAUCUCACGUGUAACGUCUGUCUUGGUGGUGUCUGCGAUCAGAAGACUGGCACGUGUUUCAGUGGCUGUCACCUGACUGGAGGAAGAUGUGCCUCAACCUGCACAUCCAACUGUUCCAUGGAGGAAUGUCUGAGACUGGAACACUGUAACCGAGAAGUCGCCAGUGGUAUGCAAGUAGCCACUCUGUCUACGACGAUACUGUUUGUGGUGGUUGGCAGUCUGUUGGCGGUGGGGAUGUGUUGCCGUAGACGUGUGGGGAUGGCAAGAGGGAACGGGAUCCUGAGCAUUAAUCAAGCCGCAGCGCCAAGCCAUUACGACCAGGUGUUGCCGGACUACUGUGAAAUCAGAGAUGAAGAUGUUGCCAUCAUGUGUGAGCUGCCAGUCAUGAACCGAAAUGAUUCAGUACCAGGGGCUGCUGUCCCGGACUUGCCUGUACUGGCAGAGUGCUUUGCUCCAGACUGCGACGAUGCCGUCAACGAUAUUGCUAUAGCAGAGUGUUUUGUACCAGACUGUGACGAUGCAGUCAACGAUGUUGCUAUAGCAGAGUGCUUUGCUCCAGACUGUGACGAUGCAGUCAACGAUGUUGCCAAAGAUGCUUUGCACCAGACUGUGCUACAUCAGAGCCGUCUGCUGUUGAUGACGACACAUACACUAAACUAA